AUGAAUUCACACGUUGUGAAGAAGGGAUAUAUCUCAGUGAAGGAAGAGGGAUUAAGAGCAUGGAUUUGGUCAAAGCGAUGGAUGCUACUUCGAGACCAAACCCUUACAUUUCAUCGCAACGAGAACACGUAUCAAGCAGUUGCAUUAAUUUUUCUUAAAGAGAUUACUAACGUCUCGCGGACAGAUUUGAAACCAUAUUGUUUCGAGAUACAAACUAAAGACAAAACUUAUUAUUUAUCAUGCAAAAAUGAUGAAGAAUUAUAUUCUUGGAUGGAUGAAAUUUAUACGGGAAUGCCUGAACAAUGGACAAAACUUUUAACAUCUUCUGCCAUAACAAAAGAAGAUUAUGAAAAAAAUCCUCAGGCUGUUUUAGAUGUAUUAGAAUUUUAUACAGAAAAUCAAAAACGUGAACGUGAAGAAUACGGAGAUCAUGUCUCACCAAUUCCACACGGAGGAAAUAUGGGUAAUAAUGGAAUGAAUGGUAGACAAAUGGAUCCUGUUAGAGCAUCCAAUAAUUCUAGAUCCAAUAGUUCAAUGGCAUCUUCAGAUUCUUCACGAACGAUGUAUUAUGAUGAUAACUCAAAUAAAGUGAAUAAUCAUAAUAGUAAUUAUCAACAGACGCCACCUAAUCGACCUCCGAUUACACCAAGACCUCCUAAUACAUUGAAUUCCAAUAAUAAUAAUUUAAAUAAUAUGCGACCACCGCCUAGUCCAAGUCAUAUUCCUUCCAAUUAUAAUCAACCUUCUCAACCUCUACAAUCUUUACCUCUAUCACCUCAAUCUUCCCAACAACAACAACAACCUAAACAACAAGCACAACCACCAAAGAAACUUUCACAAGAAAGAAGAAUUAGCACAAUGACGGAAGCUCAGAUCAUGGACAAGUUAAGAUCUGUUGUUUCAGCAGGUGAUCCCACUACUUUGUAUAGCAAAAUUAAGAAAGUUGGACAAGGUGCAUCCGGUUCAGUUUAUGUUGCCAAAUCUCUUAACACCAAUGCUAAAGUUGCUAUAAAACAGAUGGAUCUUUCACAUCAACCACGGAAAGAACUUAUAGUUAAUGAAAUUCUUGUAAUGAAAGAAUCACAACAUCCAAAUAUUGUAAAUUAUCUUGAUUCAUUCUUAGUUAAAAGUAAUGAACUUUGGGUUGUAAUGGAAUAUAUGGAAGGUGGUGCUUUAACGGAUGUUAUUGACAAUAAUACAUUGGAAGAAGAUCAGAUCGCCGCUAUAUGUCAUGAGACUUGUAAAGGUCUUCAACAUUUACAUGGUCAAAAUAUCAUUCACCGUGAUAUCAAAAGUGAUAACGUUUUGUUAGAUGCUUAUGGUCACGUAAAAAUUACCGAUUUUGGAUUUUGUGCCAAGUUAACUGAUCAAAAAAACAAGCGAGCAACGAUGGUUGGUACACCAUAUUGGAUGGCACCAGAAGUAGUGAAACAAAAAGAAUAUGGAGCUAAAGUUGAUAUUUGGUCUCUUGGAAUUAUGGCAAUUGAAAUGAUUGAAAAUGAACCACCAUAUUUAGAUGAAGAACCACUUAAGGCAUUAUAUUUAAUUGCCACAAAUGGAACGCCAACAUUAAAAAAGCCAGAAAAAUUAUCUAAAGACUUGAAAAGUUUUCUUGCAGUAUGUCUUUGUGUAGAUGUUAAAAGUAGAGCAACUGCCCUAGAACUUUUAGAACAUGAAUUUCUUAAACAAGCUUGCCCAUUAUCAGAUCUUGCACCAUUACUCAAGUUCAAGACUGCCAAAGAUGGCAGAUCAUAA